CUCAUUCUCUAUAGAACCUCUAUAGCUACACGACUUGCCUGGGCAUGUACUUUACACAAAGAAGCAGCCUCAAGUGACUUUAUUUCUUGCUGCUGGUUAUAUAUAAAAGUACCUCACCAUCCAAGCAGGUUAGAUUUUUAAUGGCAGCGUCAGUGUGCUUUUCUACACCUACUUAUAAUUUAAACAAGGCUACCAAAGGUGUAAGUAGAUGUUACUGCGCCCCCCAACAUAUCCAGAGUUUGCCUUGUUUUAUUCACCAAUAUGUGUUAAAUUGCUAAAUGAGAGCCUCCUGGGCCCCCCUGCAGCCACAGGGUCUGCUUUCUCUGUAGUUACACCACUGAAGGGUACCCCAAAAAUAGAUGUAUAUAUUAUCUGUUAGUUACAUAGCAAUAACAUGUUCAUACAGCCCUUUACAGAGGUUAAUCAUCAUUCACAUCAGUUCCUGCCCCAGUGCAGUCCAGAGUUUACAAUCUGGAACACUGUAAAAAUUUGUCACCCGCUGUUAUAUCUUCACCACUGCGGCGAAAAAUCUCCCAAAAAUAGACAUUUACAUUUAUAUAAUAUUGAGACUGCCACAAACAAAACCUAUUACUCGUGGCGAUCUGGAUUAAUCGUGGGAAAUGUCAUCCCUUGGCGUUUUUCCACUGUUAAACUAGAUUGCAGUGAUUAACAGGUUUUUAUGAUAAAUAGAAAGCAACCUGAUGCAUUCCACAUGCAUUUUGUGCUCAGUGUCGGACUGGGAUACCAGAGGCCCACUAGAAAACUUGGGUUGAGGGCCCGCUUUCCAAACUAUUCUCUCCUCACUUAUCCUCUUUAUACUCAGUCUCUUUUUUUCUACAUACUAUACUCUAUUCUUCCAUUAUAAAGCCUCUGUGUUCCCAUAAAGAAAUAGGGAAUGACCAUGAAAUAGGCCAAAUGGUUAGAAGCAAAAGGCCCACUGACACCUGGGCCCACUGGGAGUUUUCCUGGUAUCCCUGUGGGCCAGUCCGACACUGUUUGUGCUUCCCUGCAGUAGAGUGAAUACAAAGUCAUUUCAAAGAACAGGAUGCUUUUCUUCAUUCGCUUCUUUGCGUUGAACGCAUGAAGCAUCUGCCACAAGGAACUGCAUAAAGAAACACCCUGAGGUCCCUAUCACAUUCACCAGGUCCUAUACACCUGUUUGUUGGAGAAAGCAGGAGUAUCUGGAGGAAACCCAUGUAGAGGACAUACAAGCUCCUCAGAGCCCCAGCACUGCAAGACACAAGCGCUAAUUGCUGAUCUACCACAAUUAUUAUCAGGCAAAAAGGACUGGCAAAGCUUUAUAGAGAUUGCACUUUAUUCUCAUCAGACCCUGCCCCAGCAAUAAGGGAGGUUGAGCAUCUGUUAAAAAAUGGGGCAGACCCAAACCUUGUUUUGCCCACUGGUAUUGCAGCCAUCCACCUGGCUGCUGGGAAAGAGAAUGAGAGUGCCCUAAGGUGUCUAACACUAAUCUUGCAGCAAGGAGGGGACCCCAAUGUGAGAUCCAUGGAACUGCUGACUCCUGUACAUGUUGCUGCAUCCUGGGGUUGUCACAAGGCUCUGGUAUUCUUGCUGAGGAAAGGUGGUGACCCCACUCUUGAAGAUCAGGAAGGAAAUACUGCAUCAGAUUUGGCAUUAAUGGAGGGGAAUCGGAGAUGUGUUGUGGCUCUGCAGGAGUAUGUGGAAAGCCCAAGGAUGGAAGAAAAUCGUGGUUUUAGAAACUAUGAUGAUAUAACUCAAAUUAGCAGCAUCUCCCUUCUUCUCGAUUCUACAGAUGUCAACUCUCCAUACAGUAGCACCAGAAUAUCUCCUUUUUCUCCUAUGUGCAAGAAGGAAAAUUUAACACAGAACAUGAAUAAUGCAGCGGUAACAAGCCAGAUGCUCCCACUAGGCAGGGAUGAAAAAAACAGCUCAGAUGGGGAGCAAAGUCUUGGCAUGACGAUAAGGACAAGCCAAACUAAUCAAGAAUCAACAGAACACCUAAGUUUCUGCAUGCAAACCAUCCACAAUGAUUUCUGUGGAGGUGAUCUAACAGACUCUGAUGUACUGUGCAGCACCAAGCUUUCACAGACCAGCCAUUGCAUUGCAGACACAUCUGCUAAUCUAUGUACUGAUGUCAUAGAUACAGAUAAUCUACCCCACGAAGCUCAAAAAGAAAAUAACAAUCUGUCAAUGAAUUCACAAACGAUGUGUAAUGAGACUAAUCAAUCACAAAAUGUGAAUAUCACCCAAAACAAAAUGAAAAAGGGUAUUUGCAGCCACAGUUCAGAAUCGCCUACAAAAAGACUUUUAAAAUCUGUUGAAGAGAUUAUUCUGGACUUUUCCACCAGCAGCCAACUAAUAGACUCUAAUUACUUCGCAAGACGUGUGAAAGGUUUGGAUGUAACAUCACCAGAUCACGUCUAUAUCUACAGCAAAAGCAAAAUCACCUAUGAUGAUAGCUUGGAGAAGACUCAUAUUCUUGAUAGCAAUGAUAGUGAUAAUACAAAAGAACAUAAUGUGAGUUCCACCAGCAGUUACAACAGUUGUGAGAGUGAGUGUUAUGCUAGUCUUGGAGAAAGUCCUUCCUCCAGUGAAAAAAAAAGUAGAUUAAAAAGUGACUCUGGAUGCUCCACCAGCCUGAAAAAUUGCACCAAUGCUUACCAUUUAAAAAACAGUGAGGAAAAGGCAUGCUCUCAAGCACAGAUAUGCCAGAUUUCCGUACUCGGGACUGUGCAAACGUAUUUAAGUGAAGAAAGUAAACUAAAUGAUAAUGGUUCCCUAGGGCAACAUCAGAAUCAUGUGCAUUACCUUCAGUGUCCUAGAGAGAGGGACUCAGAACUACCAUGCAACUCUCAGUCUGCAACACUGUGUGUAGAUUAUGAACAUAAUAAUAUAAAUUUCAAUCAAAGUCUUAAAGGCCAGCCACGUCAUCUAAUGUCUUAUACCAGGAACAUCAAGAUGGAUGUUCCUGCAAACAACAAAGCCCAAAUCCAUUUACAUGACCCAGAUCCACAUUCAGUUAAUAAUCAAAUAAAACUGACCGGUGAAGAACAGCACCAGGUACUGGAAAGGCAGCUGGAAGAUAUAAUGGGUUUGACCAGGCAUCAAGAAAGCCCCUCCAAUUUCAUAGGCACAUCAGACACACUCACAGUAGAACCAGCUGCACAUGACAUACAUGAUGAAAGUAAUGCUGAUCUAGACCACAUAUUUAAUAAGCAGUUGAAAGAUAUGAUGAUUUUGACCAAGCAACAAAUCACUCCCUUUAAUUGUACACCCACGUGUGAAACCCAAAUCCAGGUAUAUCAUUCAGACACUCUUCCAGUUGCCAAUCGGACAAAACUGACUGGGAAAGAGGACAAGUUACUGGAUAGGCAAUUGAAAGAUAUGUUGUUUUUGACCAAGCAAAAGGUUAGUUCCUCAAAUUUCACUGCUUCACCUGACACGCUUCUACUAGAACCAGGUGCAGAAGAUGUGCACAAUAAGAGUUACACUGAUUCCAACCAGGAAUUUAAUAAGCAGUUGAAAGAUAUGAUGGUUUUGACCAAGCAACCAAUCAGUAACUAUAAUUUUACACCUGCCCCUAAAACCCAAACUGAGGGAUAUGAUUCAGACACUCUUCCAGUUAUCAAUCCGACAAAACAAACUGUGAAAGAAGACUUUCUUACCAAGCAACAAGUCAGCUCCUCUCAUUACAUAGCUACACCUGACACACUUUCAGCAGAGUCAACUGCAGAAGAUGUGCAAGAUAAUAAUUCUGCUCUAAACACAGAGCUGAGGAAAAUGAUGAUGUUAACUAAGACUUCCCAAGCUAAUUCAGAUCAGGAGAAAAGCUUUUGCCAUUUCACUCCUCGUACAAAAAGCCGACUUCUUUCUUCAAAUUCUCGCUCUAGCAGUUCACUUUUUGAUGAGACAGUGGAAAUGCCCCAGCGAGGAAGAAGAAUCCGAAGCCCAGAUACUCAGAAGUCUCCAUGCAUGUCAGGCAUUAGUGGUUCCAGGAGAAGUUUGUUUCAUUCUAGCAUGACAUGUGAUCCAGCAGAAAACUCAGGCACAUGUACUAAUGGACAGGAAAUACAAAAGACAGCUGAUGCAAGAAAUGUGACCGUUAGCAAUUUUCUAACUGAUGACCUGACCUCUUCAGAUACAGAUAGGUCAAAGUCAGAUGCACAUUGGCACCAAAAAUGUGGAAGCCGUGGAGUAGAUUGCCUGGUGUCUGGAACCACAUGGCUUACAGAGGAUGGAGCAGAUGAAAGUAGUAGUGAUACCGCCUAUGUAUAUAAUAAUGGAUCCCUGGAGCAAAGAAAUGAGGCUUGGUUUGAUAGGUCACUUCAGCAGAGCACAUGUUCAAAUGACCUAGUUGCUAAGGAUACACCUGCAACAAAGGCGUCACGUUAUAGCUUCAGUAGACUGUCUUGUGUUCUGAAAUCUGAUGACGGGACACUAAACUCUUGCCAUCUUGAGACAGUUAAUGAGUCUGGUACCCAAGAUGUGCCUUUAUCCCCUGGUGGCCGGCCUCUGAAUGAGAGCACAGCUGAACCUGUGGAAUAUCUCUAUACGGAUUGUGAAAGGGGCCAUUCUCUUAUAGAAAGACAUGUUCCAUGUAUAGAUGACUCUGCUGCUAAAAUCAGUGAGGAUUCUGAUGAUACAAUUAUUUAUGACUGGAGAGAGCAUAAGAGCAACAAACAAAAGGCUAUCCAGGCACCUUCUAAUAAGGUGGCUGUGGAAUUGUACAGACUGUCUAAUAAUGAUAUUGCAGCUAGGCUAAAGGAGCUGGGAGAGGAAACUGGACCUGUGACCAGCCAAACCAGAAAACUGUACAUUGCUCUACUCGAUAAGCGUCUGAAAGAAUCAUUGGUUAGAGGAUCCACUGGAAUUACAGGAUACAGCCGAGAACUUUCCCUAGCUCUUCGCACUUUCCAGAUCCCUGACAGUAACACGGAUGAAUGUACACUAUCUAAAGAAUUUGAUAAGCCUGAUAAGAGCCAAAAAUGGAGAGAAGGGGUUCUGAAAUCCAGUUUUAAUUACUUGCUGCUAGACCCCAGAGUCACUCGAAAUCUACCUGCACGCUGUCAUACUCUUUCCAAGCUUGAUUGUUUUCGGACUUUCAUCAGCUCUAUAUUUUAUGUGGGCAAAGGAAAGAGAUCCCGGCCAUACUUUCACCUCUAUGAGGCCUUAACCCACCACAAAAGCAACAACAAAAAGCCUUGUGACAAGGUGCAGCACAUUCUUGACAUUUGGAACAGUGGUCUUGGUGUCAUUUCUCUUCACUGUUUCCAAAACACCAUUCCUGUGGAAGCGUAUACACGAGAAGCAUGCAUGGUGGAUGCAAUUGGAUUAAAGAUGUUAACCAAUCAAAAGAAGGGUGUUUACUAUGGCCAGUUACAGAGUUGGAGCCCCACUCGUCGCCAGCUGCUUGGUGUACACAUGUUGCACAGAGCCAUGAAGAUCUUCUUGGCUGAGGGAGAGCGUCAGCUUCGGCCCCCAGACAUUCGCUCAGGAUCAUGACAACAAGCAAACUCAACAGUAACAAAAAACUACAUGGAUGCCAGCAGAGCAUGUUGACAAAUUUGCCCAGAAAAUACUUAAAGAACUUUACAGUUCUGACUCUGAUUUAAAAAAAAAAAAAUCGAAUUUCUAUAAUAUGCAGUCCUGGUGCUUUUUAACAUGUGGAAUAUGUUUUUAACAUUUAAAGGCGAAGGAAAGAUAUAAUCACUUGGGGGGUGCAGAUGUUAGACACCCCUUUGUGACUGUAAGUGGUUAGCUGAGCCCCGGGGCCAGUGCUUUUAUUUGCUGAAAACUGCACCUGCCACCGACACUAUUAUAGGAGCACCACAUUGCAAUCUUUUUCCGCUUCUUCUUCGAUGUUCCAUAAAUUCCGCUUCAGAUGCACCUGUAAUGCAGAGUGAAAAGCUGUCUUUUUGCUUCUGCACCCAGCCUGGACAAUAAAGAUGAUCCUUAAAGAAGAUGAUGAUUGUGGAAUGAAGCUCACAGAAUUACCACAGACAGGAGCACUGACCCAGGGUCUCGGAUAAUCUAUUAUAAUCACUGGUGGGUGCGUAACAACCCCCCCCAUUGAAGAUUUCCUUUAAGUCUAUAAAUCAGCAAGGAGAAUAACUGAUUUUGCACCACUCAAUUUUAUACUUGGGAUUGUAGAAUAUUGUAUAUAUAAUGAAUUCUAGAAUAUAUAUCAGAGGUGUUUUUUUAGGCAAUUAUAUAUCAAAAUAUGCUUUCAUAGUAAUGAACUAGUGUUUAUGGCAGCUAGGUAUGAAUCAAGGAGUUCAAUGCAAAUUCAACAAAUCUACAAUUAACUUUUAAUACAUUUGGAAAGUCCACAUUCAGUUUCUUACAGAGAAGGGAAUACAUUAAAAUACUUCUUAUACCUUCUUCCUUAAUGAAUUAAGAUACUUAAAAUAAUACAAAAUUAAUUAUUGUAAUAUAUAUAUAUAUAUAUAUAUAUAUAUAUAUAUAUAUAUUGCUGAAUGUUAAAAAAACAACAAAGCUAAAUGCAAACUGAGGUCAGGAUAUUCAUGAGAUACAUGUUGCCAUUCAACCAACCAAAUUGCAGUCUCUUUCUGUACCUCACAACAUUCUUCAUACACAGAUUUCAUCACCUACUACUGUUUUGUAUGCUUGUACGUUCUUUUGUAUUUUUUUUUUAAAUAAAGCACUUUGUACUGACA